AUGUCCACCCCGAAAGACUUCACUCUGACCUUCACAGGCGAUGUAAUGCUCGGCCGCCUGCUCGAUCAACUAAUGCCAGAGCAUGUCCCUAACCAGCACGACGAGCGCAUUGCCACAACCUUCAUAAAAGCCGAUCCAACUCUCCUCUCAAAAGGAAAAUACACACCAUCGUCCCCAUGGGGAACAACCCUCCCGCUCCUCCACUCCUCUACCCUAGCAUGCAUCAACCUGGAAACCGCCGUAACAACAGCCCCAAUCCCGUGGCCCAACAAGGUAUUCAACUACCGCAUGCACCCAGCCAACCUAGGCCCCAUUCUGCACGCCGGCGGCAUCGACUACGCCAGUCUCGCCAACAACCACACCCUGGAUUUCGACACCGAGGGUCUCACAGAGACCGUGCAAACACUGCAACGGGCGAACGUCACUUACGCCGGUGCGGGUGAAACAGCCAAUGAUGCACGCAAGCCUGCUGUGCUACAUCUGCCCCGGGCCUCAGAUCCGAUAGACGAAGACAAACAACAGCGCCACAUGGUCCAUAUUUACUCAGCCUCCGAUCACCCGCACGUGUGGGCCAACGUGCCGGGAUUUAACCUGUUCGAUUACACGCGCGACACGCGCGCUCGGCUGCGUGAAAUGCUUGUUGAUGCCGAGGAGACCAAGCCUGCGUUGAAGAUCUUUUCGGUUCACUGGGGGCCGAAUUAUGCUUGGCAGCCUGAUGGACGCAUUACGUCUCUUGCACAUUUCUUGAUCGAUGAGUGUGCGGUGGAUAUUGUUCAUGGGCACUCGUCGCAUCAUGUUCAGGGGGUGGAGGUUUAUCAUGGGAAGCUUGUUAUCUACGGGUGUGGGGACUUUGUGGAUGAUUAUGCUCUGAAUGAGGAGUAUAGGAAUGAUCUUGGGGCGUUGUGGAGGGUUGUUGUUCGGGAGAAGAGUGGUGGUGGACUUGGAUUGGAGAGAUUGGAGAUCUUCCCUACGCGGGUUGAGAGAUUUAGGGCUGUUUUGUUGGAUUCGAGAGAUGAGGACCAUGUGUGGGUUAGGAGGAAGAUUCGUGAGCUCAGUGGGGAGUUGGGAACAAUUGUUAAGGCUGGGCUCGGGGAGAAAGGGGAGAUUAUUGUUGAGUUGUCUGGAGAGUAG